CGGACACGUGCGGCGAGGUCCCCUCUUCCCAGCGCCGAGGCCGAGGCUCCCACUGUACAAAGGAGCCGAGAGCUGGAGAAGCGGGUGACGUCAGGAGGGAGAGGACGGAAAUCGAGGCUCUCUGGGUAGGGGCGGGGCCUCCCAGCGGCCGCUGAGGCCCAGUUUGGGGGCUCAGGAAAGGCGGGCGCUCAGGCUCGGGGAGUAACACGGAGGACCGGAGUCUGGAUCUGGAGCCCACGGUGACAGAGGGCCCAGGCAGGCUCGGGAGCGGGAAAGGGGGCAGCCAGACCCCUGCCUUUGUAAAGUUACUGUGUGGUGACACCGGAAGGACAGGAGCAGCUCCCCGAGACCCAGUCUCCCACCCCGGAGGCCCCACUCUAACCCCCCCCGCUCCAGGUUUUGCAGCCCUGCCCCCACUGUCCGGACACAGUCCUCUCCGGACCCGCCCCGUGUCGCCGUGCGUAGUGCGCGCUCGUGCCCGGGGCGACCAUGUGGCGCGCACGCGCUGACGUAAGCAUCCCCCAUUGAGUCCUGGCACCGCUGCGUCAGGGUCUUGCCCCACGAAGCUGCCGGGCCCGGAGGGGCCACAAUAACCAGGAUGCACUUGAGGCCGAAGAGCGCAUGUGCGGAAGUGACGUUAGCGGACUCACGUUCUCCCGUGAUCUUCAAGGCAGGGGAGGGCGGAGCUAGGGAGCCGGGCUGAUCACCUGACCCCGGAAGCCUCUCAUCGGGUCAUCCUAGCCAUCCCUCUGCUACCUGUCAAGACCGUAGCAUUGUAUAACCAGGAGAGCUAGAAGGACAGAGCUGCCAGCCACCAUGGUCCACGCCUUCCUGAUCCACACGCAGAGCGUCGCGGCCACGGGGGACGCUGCAUUUUGCCGGGUGCUGUACUCUAGAGUCUUUGGGUCCGAGAGGUCGCCGGAUGACCCCAGGCCGCACGGUCUAGAGAGGGACAGACUGCUCAGGAAGGAGCAGCUGUUGGCUGUCGCGAGACAGGCAGAGUCGGCAUGGAAGCUGCUGCAGCAGGCCUCGGGCCGGCCUCCCAUGGACGUCCUCCCCCAGUCCUCCGAUGAGCCCAUCCCCCUGCACGAUGCCCCCGCGGGGGUCUUCCGCCUUCGAGCUGGGGACCCUUUCCAGGAAGCCAAGGUGGCCGUGUGGCUCCGGGUCCUGUCGCUGAGCUGUGUCCUGGUCUGUGAGCCCCACGAGAACCUGCUGCUGGCGGAGAGCACGCUGCGCCUGCUCGGCCGCCUGCUCCUGGAGCACCUGAAGUUGCUGUCGUCGGGCAGCGACCUCCUGCUCCGAGGGGACCGCAUCGAGCUCAUCCUCGGCCACUUCCUGCCGCAGGGCCAGCUGCUCUUUCUCAAUGACCAGUUUGUCCAGGGCUUGGAGAAGGAGCUGAGCGCCAGCUUGUACCGGUGAGGGCCUCCCGCCGGCCGGCAACCUACCCUCCGGCCCUCCGCGGUCCCCAGCUCCGGCACCUUCCUACUCGGGCUGCUCCACUCUGGGCCUGCCAUCGGUCGCGGAGACCCCAGCCACCCAUCGUGGAGACCCCAGCCACCCAGGGCUCUCUUUCCUGGCUUGGGGCAACAAACAUGGAUGCUGGCAAGAUACUCAGGCCGCCUCCUGUUGCAACCCAGCAUCCGGGAUGGCUUGUAGGCCCUUCUGCCGUGCAGGAGCUCAUAGGCCGGCUCCAGCCUCCCCACCGCAUGCCUUGCUACGGCUCCGAGUCACCCCUGGUUGUGGCUUGUGUGACAGUGCAGGGUUCUGGGGUUUGAAGCUCUGGGCCAUCGCUGGCUAACGUGUCCCACCCUGUGGCUCCCAGAAACCCUCAUUGGGAGAGGGCAUUUUCUAAAAUGACGGCCAUGGAAGAGGUGCACUGGGAUCUGGCCCCAGGGCUGACCUCCUGUCCCUCCUUCAGGCCAUAGACAGCUGAUGAUAAGGUCUGGUCAGGGGGAGCAGGGAAGUAGAUCGGGGCCAGAGCUUGGACCACUUGAGUUUGUAUUCACUUGUCUUUGGUUUAUACUUCCUUGUGUCCAUGUUCUGGACAAACGAAAGCUCCCUUAAGGGCAGGAUUGCAUCCUGGGCACUUAGCUUAGAGCUGGUUAAUAAGCAGCACCUAGUGCUGCUUAAUAAAAGCUUGUUCCUGGA